AUGGCUGAGUUCAACACUGAACCUGCCAAGCAGGCAGAUGAGAACGUUCCAACCUUGAAAGCUCUCAAAGAUGCGAUCCCAAAGGAGUGCUUUGAAUCGUCUCUUUCUACUUCGCUUCUUUACCUGGUCCGAGACAUAAUCUACUGCGCGACUCUCAUUUAUGCCGCCUCAUUCAUUCAUUUGAUCCCUUCCUUGCCUCUUCGCAUCGUCGCAUGGGCUACCUACGGAUUCUUCCAGGGUUGUGUUGGAACAGGACUGUGGAUCCUGGCGCACGAAUGUGGCCACGGUGCUUUCUCGAAAUAUCAGAACCUCAAUGACUUCAUUGGAUGGGCUACCCAUUCAUUCCUGAUGGUUCCCUACUAUUCAUGGAAGAUUACCCACGCUCGGCAUCAUCGGUAUACGGGUCAUAUGGAAAAGGACACAGUUUUUGUUCCCUGGACAGACAAAGAUCUUGCAACCAAGAAGAACGUCCAGAUUGAGAAAUUGAAGCACCUUGCCGAAGAAACUCCCAUUGUUUCUUUCAUGCAGCUUAUUGGACACCAGCUGAUGGGAUGGCAACUCUAUCUCUUCUUGAAUGUGACUGCUGGCACAAAGAGCGGACCCGAAGGUAAAGACAAGAUCGAGUUUGCCAGUCAUUACAAUCCCUCGAGUGCACUCUUCGCGCCAUUCCAGUGGAAAUAUAUUGCCUUGUCCGAUCUCGGACUCAUGAUAAUGGGCUCUAUUCUAUAUUACACCGCAUCUAUUAUUGGCGCAUGGAAUGUCGUACUCCUGUACGUCAUUCCCUACCUAUGGGUGCACCACUGGCUGAUUGCCAUCACAUAUCUUCAGCAUACCCAUCCUGAUGUUCCACACUAUACCGCAGAGGCUUGGACUUACACGAAAGGCGCACUAGCAACCAUCGAUCGUACGACCGGUUUCAUUGGUCGUCAUUUCUUCCACGAAAUCAUUGACUACCACGUCGUCCACCACCUCUUCAGUCGCAUCCCCUUCUACAAGGCGGAACAGGCCACCAAGGCAAUUCAGCCUCUGCUGGGAGAAAAUUACCAUGAAGAAAAGGAGCAAGGCUUCUUAUACUCAUUAAUGAUGACUUUCCGAAAGUGCAUCUAUGUAUCGGAGAAAAAGGGAGAAAGUGUUCAGCCCGGCGUCUUGCAUUUUGUGCUGGCGGAUGACAGGAGAUGA